CGUGGUGGACUCCUAUUAAUACUACUUAAUAACUCCCCUCAAUUCAACACUCAAUUCCUCCACUUAGCUUUAAUAUUCUAUAUACUCCUUAGCUAUAAUAGUAAAAAAAUUUGUGGCGCUUUGAGUUUGUCUUAAUUUUCAAAUCCUAAUGGCUGACUCCGGUCACUCUUCAGAUGAUUCUUCUGUGGAUUCCAGAGAUGCAAAUGGCAGUCAAGAUUCCAAGCUUGAAUUCUCUGAAGAUGAAGAAACCCUUAUUACUAGGAUGUUUAACCUGGUUGGUGAGAGGUGGUCUCUGAUUGCUGGGAGGAUUCCAGGAAGAACAGCAGAAGAAAUUGAGAAGUACUGGACUUCAAGAUACUCGACAAGUGAAUGAAAGGCCAAAAUUGUGGAUGGCGUUUCUCCUUUAGAGCAGGAAAAUUUUGGGUUGGGGGUCUGUAGUGAAGCUUGUUUAUGUGGAAUAUGUCAGUUUCCUUUCCUGAAAGACACAAAAAGUGUCCUGGGUUUUUACUGAAUAGGGGGAGUGUUAUUACUUCAAAGCAAGUAAAUGUACAAUGGGGUUGUUCCUAUGGAUAUGGUGAUGAAUGUGUGUAAUUGAAAUAUAAUUUUAUAUUAUGGGAAUGUUUUAUUUUAA